CGCUACUGCUAUUUCCUUUUGGCAUACAUACCUUUGAUACGUAACUUGGUGCGUUAUGUCCGAUGGAUCGGACUGGAUCUACAAACCUUAACCUGCACGAUAAGGUAUUUGGUUCGUUUUUCCUCCGAACAUCGGCUUGCUGCAAAAGAGAGUUCAGUGUUGCAAAGCUACUGUACGACCGUAAAAAAAAAUCAUCUCGCUCUAAAAGAGCGGGCCCUUUUUAACACUCACGCAGAGAGCAUACAUAUAUAUAUAUUUUCCAUCAAUAGGAAGAAAACCUCUUGUUUUUUUUCUUUCUCGUCUCUUUUUUUUUUUCUCCUUCUUCUUAAUUACCACUCAUAAAUUUGCUUGGCCAUGGCACCCACGGACGACUACGCACCUUCAAGCUGCUUUGGUAACCUGUUCUCGGGUUUCACUAAAAAGAAACAGCCUGCUCGUCGAUCCGUGCAAGCAGCGCGUACCGAGCACCAUUCUGCUGCUCCGUCGUACUAUCCCGCGACCUCGGAGAAACUGCCUGCUUACGAUGAAUGCGUGUCCAAGGCAUUUGAGCAACUGGAUGUCAAGGUCGACAGUGAAACGGAGAACAUUGUCGCUAACGCCAUUGACAAUGUUUCUGAUGAGCUGCGCACAAUUAGUUUGGACCUCCAUGAACAUAUGGAAACUGGCAUGAAGGAGUUCCAUGCACACAAACUUCUCACGGACUAUCUCGAAGGCAAGGGCUUCACUGUGACCCGCCAUGCUUAUGGUAUGGAGACUGCUUUCACGGCCGAGUACAGCAAUGGUCCCGGCAAGCGCAUUGCUUUCUGCUCAGAAUACGAUGGUCUUCCUGGUCUCGGCCAAGCAUGCGGUCACAACCUUAUUGCAAUCAGUGGUCUUGCUGCCGCCAUUGGUACCAAGGCUGUUCUGGACAGUGGAAAGGCCUCUGGUAAGGUCAUCCUCUAUGGAACACCCGCCGAAGAGCUUUCUAUUGGUAAAGUUAUUCUUUGCAACAAGGGUGUCAUCCAAGACAAUGUUGAUGUUGCAUUGAUGCUUCAUCCUGCUGCUUAUCACGCCGAGCGCGGUGCUAUGAUUGCUGUCAACGACGUCCGUCUGGAGUUCUUUGGCAAAGCAAGCCAUGCUUCGGCUGCACCAUGGGAAGGCGUUAAUGCACUGGAUGCCAUGGUUCAGGUUUGGAACGGUAUCAGUAUGAUGCGCCAACAGCUUUUGCCCACUGACAGAGUGCACGGUAUCGUGACAGAUGGUGGCAAAGCACCUAAUGUUAUUCCGGACUAUACAUCGGCAUUUUUCUUUGUCCGUACAACUAAAUAUCCUCAGAUUGGCCGUCUGAUGCACAAGAUGGAAGAAUGCUUCAAAGCAGCUGCGCUGGCGACAGGCUGUGAAGUCAAAUGGACUUGGCGUGAGAUUGGCGUUACCAAAGAUGUCGUACCAAAUGGACCCAUGGCGGACGUGUACAAGCGUUACAUGGAAAAGGAAGGCGGCAUUCAGUUCCCUAGCCUUGCUGAACAAUCAAACUUAGGUGGAGGCGGUACAGAUUUCGGCAACAUCAGCUAUGAGGUCCCUAGUUUGCAUCCCAUGUUCGGUAUCCACACAACUGCUGCCAAUCAUACUAUCCAGUUCGUGGGUGCUGCAAAAACCGAGGUUGCACACAAAGAUACCAUCUUGGCUGCCAAGGCAUUGACCGUCACUGCUUCGCGCGUCCUGAAGGAUGAGGGCUUUUAUCAGGCCAUCAAGAAGGACUUUGAGAACAACGUUAAAAGCAACAACGGUGCCUUGUAGCGACCUUUUUCAUUCGUUCUGCCCCCAUUAUUUGGA